UUCCGCUUUCGGCUCCCCAUUGACAGGGGGGAGAGGCCCAGUGGCAGGGGAGAGGCUUUGCGUUGAGAGAUACAAAUUAAAUAGAUCACAGUUUUACAGACGCGCAUCUAUCGUAGAGACGAUUACGUACGUGCGUUGAACUUGGUUCUCACACACUACGUCGCACAACCGAUGCUAAUCGAAGGUUAUCGAUAAGCGCGAUAGAUGACACCGGCGUGCUGCGGUGAUGUAUUGAGAGACGUGGUGCGCAAGAGAUGCAAUAGCAAUGCGUGGAUAGAGUUGGACACAGGACAGCCUCGUGUCGUUCCUGCGUGUGGGAUGUAUAUUGUGACGUGUAGAGUCAUGGGGACACUGGGUUAAGAGAUGUGUUGCAGCUGUUGGUGCAGACAGAGAUAGGGUUCGUGUAAAGUUAUGUAUGGAUAGGGUUAUGCACACAAGGGAAAAGGGGUACAGUGAUAUAGGGAUUGCUGUAGGCUUAUGGAAGUGGAGACUUGUAGGAAUGUGUAGAGUCGCAGACAAUAUUGUUAUAGAAUUAUGUAGAUGCAUUCGACAUAGGGAUGGGAGUAAAUCUGUUACCGUAGGAAAAUUUGUAAAGAAACACAUCACUGUCAGGCACCAAUGUAGAUAUGUGUCGAGUAUAAUAGAUGUGGUAUAAUAAGAGAUACUGCUAAAUAUGUAUUUGCAUUUAUAAGAGACACCAGUGCUCAUGAAUAGAUACGGAGGGCUUGCAUAGAGAUAGUUAUAGUUUCGGUGGAGACAGGUACUUGGUGUAGUUCUUAAAUUAUUAUAGACUAAUAUAGUUGUGGUCACAGUUAUCGGUAGAGGUGCUGACGCAUAUUUCGAGAUGCUGUACUCGUGAAAAAAAACCCAAUGUAUACAAUUAUUUUACAAGCUGUUGUGUAGUUGCUGAUAUAUUUCAUGGGGUGCAGUUAACACUCCGAGCUACUUGAUAAUUAUAGUGACAUUGUGUAAUGUUAAACACACACACACACCACUGUCUUAGAUUAUUCCUGUACACAUAACGACGCCACUCUGUACGCACAUCGACAAUCUCACGGCUCUUCAUCGAUCGCACAUCUUUCUCCUAAAGCCUUUUUUUAAAAAUAUAAAUAAACACAAUCAGGACGAGCACUGUCUCGCUUUCCCGAAGGCGUGGGGGGGGGGGGUGAGAAGCUGUGCAGUAAUAAUCGUGGCGAUUCGUACACGCGAGCCGGGCAUGGUUUUCUUCAAGACCUUCCUCCUCGUUCAGUGAGUCGAGACGCGAGGGACGACCGCCUGGAUUCCCCAGCCGCCUUGGACAGAUCAUGAUGUAUCCAGUGCUUCAUUUGUAAAUCACAAGGUGCCGGAACGCUAAGUACCUAUGACAGCGCAGGUACCGGAUCUGCUCAAAUAAGUCCCGGAACGCAGGCAAGCCAACACGCCGGCACAAAGUAAGCACAAAAAUGUAUAGAAAAAUGUGAUGUGACUGAAGGCAGCGAAAGCCCCGACAGUGGCCAGCAGCAUUUGAACCCCGUGGUCACACAAUGACGCUGCCUCAUAUAGUCCUCUCCUCUCCCUCUUUCGGCUCUCCACUGUGCGCGCACCGGAGCGCGUCAAAGCGCAGAUCCACAGCUCAUCCCGGCUCAGAUCCCCGUGCUUUGAACAGAGAAGCGUGUAUAGUAGCAGCCGCUACAGCUGUGUCUGCCUGUGAGUGGGGUGUGGGGACGAAAUCUGAUGGGAACGCAUUACCCCCCCUCCCCCCAUAAUCUACGCACCUGUUGUUACCGGAAAAAGCGGAAAUGACGUACAUUUGCGGAAAUUACGUCUCCGUGCGUCGCUGGUUGGCUAAACAAUUGACUAAAACUUUAUUGCGUGAGCGACAGCAAGUGGAAUAAAUAUAUAUCUUGUCACACAGCCCCAAUCAUGUCUUUUUCAAAGCCUGCAGUGAAAAGAAAGGUUGGUGACGAGCACAGACAAUUUAAGUUAAAGUGGGAGAUGCAAUAUUUCUUUGUUGAGCACAUGAGCACCCCGACGUGUCUUUUUUGUAUAGAAAAAGUUGCGGUGCACAAGGAAUACAACCUCAAACGUCAUUACUCAACUAGACAUGCUGAGGAGUAUGCAAAAUACCAGGGAGAUGAGAGAGCCAACCGGGUUGCCAAUCUUAAAACAUGUCUACUGAGGCAACAAAAUGUCUUCAAGAAAGCAACCAAAGAGAAUAAUGCAGCAGUCGAAGUAAGCUACGUGAUUAGUGAGAUGAUAGCUAAGGCAGGAAAGCCAUUCACAGAAGGCGAGUUUAUCAAAAAGUGCAUCUUACAGGCUGCAAGUAUAGUCUGUCCGGAAAAGAAAGGUCAGUUUAGCAACAUCAGCCUUUCUGCUAACACCGUGGCAGAGCGCAUUUCUGACCUGUCAAGUGACAUUUAUGAUCAACUGCGUGAGAAAGCCAAAUUUUUCAAUGCAUACUCAGUCGCUCUUGACGAGAGUUCAGACAUCACUGACACUGCCCAGCUCACAAUAUAUGUCCGUGGUGUUGAUGACAAUUUUGAAGUGAUGGAGGAGUUGCUCACAGUAAUUCCAAUGCAUGGCCACACCACCGCUCAGGAGAUAUUUUGCCAGCUGUGUGAUGCCAUUGUGAAUGCCGGUUUGCCAUGGAAGAAGUUUGUUGGAAUAACAACUGACGGAGCGCCAUCAAUGACAGGGAGGAAAAAUGGACUGGUGGCACUUGUUCAAAGAAAACUAGAAGAGGAGCGUGUGGAGGAGGCCAUUGCUCUGCACUGCAUCAUCCAUCAGCAGGCCCUUUGCAGCAAAUGCCUGAAGUUUGACAAUGUGAUGUCUGUUGUUGUGAAAUGCAUCAACCAAAUCAGAUCCAGGGGCUUAAAGCACCGGAUGUUCCGUACUUUUUUAGAGGAAAUGGAGUCAGAAUAUGAGGAUGUGCUCUACUUCACCGAGGUACGUUGGCUCAGCAGGGCAAACGUCUUGAAGAUAUUUUUUGAGUUGAGAGCAGAAGUGAAAGCCUUCAUGGAGAAGGAUGGGGUGGCUGUUCCUGUGCUAAGUGAUCCCAAAUGGCUCAUGGACUUAGCUUUUCUUGUUGACAUCACGCAUGAGCUGAAUGUACUGAACAAGAAGUUACAAGGCCAGGGGCAGCUCGUCAGUGCUGCCUAUGACAACGUGAGAGCAUUCUCCACAAAACUUGUGUUAUGGAAAGCCCAGCUCUCUCAGACAAACCUUUGCCAUUUCCCAGCAUGCAAGGCACUCCUGAAUGCAGGCACACCAUUCAGUGGUGAGAAGUAUGUUGCUGCCAUUUUGAGGCUACAGGAGGAAUUUGAUCACAGAUUUGCAGACUUCAAGACGCACAGAGCCACUUUUCAAUUUUUUGCGGAUCCCUUCUCCUUUGAUGUGUAAGAUGCCCCUCCUGUGCUUCAAAUAGAGCUCAUUGACCUGCAGUGCAACUCUGACCUCAAAGCCAAGUUCAGGGAGGUGAGUGGAAAAGAAGACAAGCUUGGGCAUUUUUUGCGAGAAUUGAACCCCAACUUCCCUGAGCUUUCCCGAAUGUUCAAGCGGACCAUGUGCCUUUUUGGGAGCACAUAUUUGUGUGAAAAGCACUUCUCCACCUUGAACUUCAAUAAGUCCAAGUACAGGUCCAGAUUUACUGAUGAUCAUAUUCAAGCCAUA